AUAGGGAGGGUCAGAAACUAUAACGACACAAAGGCUGAGACUAAGGAUGGGCAUGCUCACUUGGCUUGGAAAGAGUAGAAGGAUUAACAUAGAGGGAAGAGAGGUGAAGGUUCAAACGCAAAUGUGGAUCUGUGUGUUGCAUCCCGUGAUAAGGAUAGAAAUGACCGCAGAGGAUCAAUGUUUGCUGAUAGUGUGUCAUGAGCGAACCAAAAGAGACUGGAAGCGAAGAAAAAUAAACCGAUAGGUGGGAAACGAGAGAGAGGGUGGAGCAGAACGAUGGAGAAAGAAAGAAGGAGAAGAAAAAAAAGAUCAUAUUAAAAGAGAGCUAGAGACUGAUGCUGAAGAGGUCUCACAGAACGAGAAAGAGCUCGGUGAAGCAUCUGCCAAAACCUGCACAAGAGGAAUAUGUGACAGCCCACAAACCACGACCGUGUCCGUUCACGGAGUCAGGACAACUACGAAGGGUACAAGGUAAUCAUUCGUUACUAUGUCUUCGAGAAAGGAUCGAUUUGCACUGCUUGGUGAACAAUAGUGAAAGAAAAAUAAUCGGUUAAACUGGCAUUCGUUUUUAUAUGUGCAUUGAUGAUGGUCAUCUGCGACACACUUGUACUUGAUAAUUAAUCUAUGAGGCGAAUCAGAGGUUCCGGUUGUUGUUUACAACGUUGGGGAAUGUAUGCAAGAACUGAUUAAAUUGUGGAAGGAAUAUGAAUCUUCUCAGCCUGACAAAAGUGGUGAGUUCGCAAGUAAUGGCCCCACUCUUGAAGUUCAGAUUCCAGCUGAGUAUGUUACUGCUACUAACCGCCGAGUAAGAGGUGGCCAGCUAUGGGGAACAGACAUAUACACAGAUGAUUCAGAUCUUGUUGCUGUUCUCAUGCAUACAGGUUAUUGUCGUCCUACAUCUUCCCCUCCUCCACCGACAUUGCAAGAGUUGCGUGCUACCAUUAGAGUCUUGCCGUCACAAGAUUACUAUACCUCCAAGCUAAGGAACAAUGUCCGCUCUCGAUCAUGGGGAGCUGGAAUCGGAUGCAGUUACAAAGUUGAGCGGUGCUAUAUACUUAAGAAAGGAGGUGGAACUAUAGAACUGGAACCCUCUCUUACACACUCCUCAGAGCCAACACUUGCACCAAUGGCUGUUGAUAAGUCUAUGACCACCAGAGCUGCAGCUUCGAAUGGUCAGCGGCAACAAAGGUUUGUUCGAGAAGUAACAAUACAAUACAACCUCUGCAAUGAACCUUGGAUCAAAUAUAGCAUAAGCGCUGUGGCCGAUAAGGGUCUGAAAAAGCCUCUUUUCACCUCUGCUCGCUUGAAGAAAGGAGAAGUUUUGUACCUUGAAACACAUUCAUCCAGGUAUGAGCUCUGUUUCGCUGGAGAGAAGACUAUGAAAGAAUUCCAAGCCUCCCAACAACAACACUCAUCAUCCGAAGAAGCUAAGGAGAUGGAUAACAAUAACAACUCUGUCAUGUUUUCCUUAAACGUUUUCCGUUGGUUACGAUGGAGGAAACCUCUCCCUCAUGUGACAACAGACGGUGAAAAAACAGAUACAGAUUCAGACAACAGUGUAAUUGAUGUUUUCCGUUGGUCACGAUGUAAGAAACCUCUCCCGCAGAAGCUUAUGCGGGAUAUCGGGUUUCCACUCCCACCAGAUCACGUCGAGGUGUUGGAGGAGAAUCUGGAUUGGGAAGAUGUACAAUGGUCACAGACUGGUGUUUGGAUUGCUGGGAAAGAGUACACACUUGCUCGUGUUCAUUUCUUGGCUCCCAGCUGAAGAGAAAAUAAAAAGCUUUUCAUGUCUUUAUCUGAUCUAUUGUUAGAGAUUAUAGUUUCUUUUGAGUCUCUUCUUGUGUUCUUGUUCUUUUCUUUUGUAAACUUUAUGCAAAAAUGGUUUGAUUGUUAAUUUAGUAAAGAUUAUAGAUAAUCAAUCCCCUUUGGAUUUUUC